AUGAGUUCUAAGGCUACAUCAAGUUCAAAACGUAAGAAAAGCCGAAAUGCGCAUGAUAGCUCUAGUAAAAGUGUACGCCAACAGAUAGAAGAUACCUCUAUUAUUUCUACACCACCUAUCGAAGUAUCACGUAUUACCGUUGAGCGCAUUUUAUCAAAAUUGUCAUCCUUAGAGUUAAAAAUGGACCAAUCUGCUGUAAAACGUAUAGUAAAGGAACUAAUUAAAAUUGCUAUAUAUCCGACUCAAAGUCAAUUUCUGUCAAAAACUGAAGAAUUUCUAUCAGAAAAUUAUUCUGAAUUUUAUAAACGUGUAUCUAGAAGAAAUUGGAUUUCCUAUUAUGAAAAUAAUAUAUUUCCUCAGUUGUUGGAUAAACACCGUUCCCAUCGAGGUACCUUAUCCUCGCGGAUCAAAGAUACUAUGUUUGCCAUUUUUGGUGACGAUCAGUUACCACCUAUCAAUUCAAGUGCUACCCUGGAAAAAAUAAGUAUAUGGAAGAAAUCGCAAGAGUUAGAAAUUGGUGUAAACUUUCGAUCAGGUACCAAUCAGGUUAUUACCCGAUUGAUAACUAUUGUUUAG